GUCCAUCCCAACUCGAAUCUAGUGCGCAUGCGUGUGGGUGAGUGCGUUGACGGAAGCUAAGAAUCUAGCUGUGUCUGGGGGGUCUACUUCAAAAAACAAAACAAAAAGAGUCAUGUCAGGAUUUUUAGACGGCAUCCGGUGUGGAGAAUGUGAGUGCAAUGUUGACUGGGGGGAGAGAAGAAAUACCAUAGCAUCUAUAGCAGCAGGAGUCUUGUUUUUCACUGGAUGGUGGAUCAUCAUUGAUGCAGCUGUGAAAUAUCCAGAUGAGGCAAUAUUUCAUCAUGCCUACCACACAUGUGGUGUCAUUGCUACAGUGGCUUUUCUCAUGAUCAAUGCUGUGUCUAAUGGCCAGGUACGAGGAGACAGCUACAGUGAAGGCUGCAUGGGACAAACAGGUGCUCGAGUGUGGCUCUUCAUUGGCUUCAUGCUGGCAUUCGGCUCGCUCAUUGCCUCUAUGUGGAUUCUUUUUGGAGGCUUUGUUGUACCCCACAAGGAUGUGGUGUAUCCUGGAAUUGCAGUUUUUUUCCAAAAUGCUUUCAUAUUCUUUGGGGGCUUGGUCUUCAAGUUUGGCCGCACUGAGGACCUGUGGCAAUAGUGGAUGAAACAAAACAAAAAACGCUACCUUUCUCAAUUUCAAGCAUAACAUUUUAUAUUGAGCUCUUCAAUUAACAUGUUUAAUUUAAAAGUAGUUUGCUUUUUGCUGUAUAAAGAAAAACAUUUUGAUAUAGACUUUGGAUCUACAGAUCCUUGGAAUAUGGGUUAAUCACAGGAGAGUCUGUUCACGGAACAAUUAGUAAGCCAUUUAGUUACAGUAAUUUACGUCUUUAAAACAAGGUGAAACUAUCCUAAUAUGUUUGACUAUAUUGUAUUCCUUGUUCUGAUAAAUUGUGUACUCAAUGUUGGGGAAAGCGUGAAUCUUUGAGGUACAACCAUCUCUGCAAAUACCAAUGGUUUAGCAGCAUAAUACUGUGUUUUGUAUUUUUACAUUUACCUAAAAGAUUGUAAAAAUAUAUGAUGGCGAUUUGUGUUUUUUUCUUGGGAAACAGGCCUAAUUGCAUUCAUACCAGGUUUAAUACAUGGAAUACUUAUGGAUGAAAAGUCAUGCUACUGAAAUGAGAGCAAGAGACUAUGUCUAAGGACUAUGUCUGUGACUAAGAAGAAAGUUUCACAGCAAAUAUUUAACUGACUGCAGUGCAUGUUAUGCAUUUACCUGUGUAAUAACCAACCAAACAAUGAGGUCACUUUAUCAAACUGAAACAUGCAUUAAACAAAACAUGUACAGAU